AGACGCCCACAAACCCAAUCCCUAUAAAUCCUGCCCCGAUUCCCGAUCUUGCACUCUCUUUGAUUGGUGGUUGAAGGGUAAAGGGUAAAGGGUAGAGGGUUACCCCCAAGGCCAAGGGCGAGCGAUUCGGGAGAGAAGGGUUUCUUCCCUCCCUUUUCUCAAUUCCCCGUCGCCGCCGUAUCAACCAUCCAACAAUUGUAUAAUUCUCCCCUACUUUCGUUUGUUUCGAUUUUUUUUUUUUCAAAAUUUGUUGUAGGAAUUUUGGAGCAUGGAUUUGACUUCCCUUCCACCCGUUGAAUCCUGCGUGAAUGGCGUCGCCGUCGAUAUGAAGGAUAAGGAUAUGUCGCCGCCGCCGCCGCCGCCGCCGCCGCCGCCGCCGCCGCUGGCUUAUGUUUCGACGGUGGAUCCAUUUCUUGUGGAGGCUCUGCAGAACCCGCGGCAUCGGUUGACUAUCCUACGAAUGGAGCUCGAUAUACAGAAGUUCAUGCAGAAUUUUAAUGCACAACAAUUUGAGUUUCCACAUUUUCCAACUUCAUACCUCCGGCUUGCGGCACAUCGGGUUGCUCAACAUUAUGGUUUGCAGACCAUGGUUCUGGAUAAUUCUGCAGAUGGCCAAGGAAUUCGGAUUUUGGUUCUGAAGAAACCUGAGUCUAAGUUUCCUUCAGUUUGUUUAUCGGAGGUACCUGCAAAAGAGUCUGAAAAUGAAAAGGUUGAUAAAAUCAAGAUUGUGAGGAGGCCUAGACCUAAAGCAUCCUCACAUGAUGCGGGCAAACUUGGGCCUGAACGCAGCUCCGUGAGAUCUGUGGAAGAGAGAAAGGAGGAGUAUGAAAGAGCACGAGCUCGGAUCUUCAGUAGCCCUACCAAUUCUGGGUCAGAAGAUUCAUCGGGCCAAGUUACUUCUGAUGGGAGGAAUCUUAAUUUUGAUGAGAACGAAGUUUUUAAGAACAUCAAUGUCGAUGGGGAUAAUAACCUUUUCAAUAGGGAAACAGGUAGCUUUUCUAGAGUUGCAAUUUUAAGGGACCGGGAGAAGGAUCUCACCGAUCCUGAUUAUGAUCGCAGCUAUGGAAGAUAUGCUAGGACAAUGCCGACCCCUCAAAGUUUCAACGUGGCAGCGCCAUUCAAUAUUCAGAAUUUCCAGCCUCCAUUUGUGCAUUACGAAUCAGUAUUCCCUCAGAUGGGUCAGAUGCCUGCACCUCAAGCCUCUCUUAACUAUAUGAACCCGGGGAUGAGCCCUUACUGUGCUAUGGGUUCGAACCAGACUGCCACAGGCGGUUUAUAUGUACCAUGGCCUACUCAGUCGGUGAUGUAUGCACAAUCUUAUGAUCAACUUCGAAAUGCUUUUUUCCAGGUUCCCUUCUGUCAACAGCCUCUAAGUUUCGACUAUGCUCAGAACCAUCGAUGACAGCUAGCAAUUAUUGUGGGGGGUGAGUCUGCAUUACUUUAGGGUAUGUUUAUUUAGGGCAUUUUGAUGAAAGACAAUUUUAUUUGUAACAUUUGGUGUAGGCAAGACAUAUAUAUACAUAUUUGCAUGCGAACUUCUUCAUUUUGUGAUUCUUGUUGUCAAUACUAGAAAUUUAUUUUGAUCC